GUAGUGUAUCCUAAUGGACAGGUCAGGGUCGAGAGCCCUCACAACGUCGUCCCCCUUCGCCAUUCAAGCUUCACGGGUGAGGACCACUCCGAUUGCCUUAAUUGUCGCUUCCCUACGAGGAUAGGAAUGCCUAUUAUAGUCGACGACGUAAACAACGGUCAAGGUCCAAUGAAAGGAGUCAUAGUGGACGACAUCGACUCGCUCAUUCGCAUCCGUUGGGAAGAUGGUACCGCGACGGAUUUUAUCGAUCCGUCUAAUAUGACCUUUCGAUUCGAUGAUGCGAACAGUACCAAUACCAACUAUUGA